AUGGAUGGAUCGACGAGGAUGGAUCCCUUGGGAAGUGGAGUCCGUUCCCCUCGAGGAGGAGAAACCCGAAUGUGCGAUGCCAGCACGCUGGAGGUGGAAAGAGGAACGAGGAAGGGAAAUCGCAAGGAGUGGCUCGAUCGCUACCAGCUUCACGCCUUUGAAGACGUUGAGGACAGAAUCAGGUGGCACACCCGGCGCCAUCCCUCCCGGAAAAGCCGUGAGCGCAGUAUGAGGGGAACCUUCAUCAUGAACGGAUACUUCGCAGCCAUCGCGCUUCUACUUGCUUUACCCGAAGAGAGUCUUCAGGGAUGGAGCAAGAAGUCCGAGACAACUGUAUCUCCACCAGCAGCACCUACUACAACUAUUCCUCCACCGUCCUGUAGCAAAUACACAACAGAUUCUCCUCUGUUCAGCUGGUUCAAAAGGUUCCUGGAGGUCUUCCUAUCGGGACGGCGCGAGGCAGAACCAGGAGAGCGACAAGGAGGAUUGAUCAUCGGGGGGAGCCCUGCCACCAUCGCGGAAGCGCCUUGGCUUGCGUUCGUCUCCAUCACUUUGUCCGGAGUUUUGUAUGAAUGCACGGGGUCCAUCAUCGACGAACUUUACGUCAUGACUGCUGCUCAUUGCGUCAAGAAGGGGAGUGUCUCGGCAAGCGCUAUGAGCGUGAAUGUCGGAAACGCGGAUCAGACGUUGGGAACCACAUACACGGCUAAGUCCUGGCUUGCUCAUCCCUCCUAUACUGACUUCGCAAAAGGGCACGACAUCGCCGUGAUCAAGCUGAACCAGGCCCUGAUCAUCUCGCCCUCCGUUCAACCGAUCUGCGUGCCGAAGUCCAACAGCCUGUGCGAUGCCGGAGCUUGUCCCGCGAAAAUUUUCGGAUGGGGCCGCACCACCGAAACUCCUGCACUCCGGUCUCUGGUCGUGCAGAAAUUGGAAGUGACCGGAGACAGCGGAGGACGUCUUGUCGUGUACGUCGGCAGCUUGGCCGACGUCAUGGGAGUGGACUCGUAUCAUCAAGGCUCCUGUGCACAAUAUCCUUCCCGUUAUAUUUGGGACACCGCGAACGUCGACUUCAUCUCCACCGAAGUCACGAAUGGGUGA